AUUCUAUUAUUUUAUCAUAAUUUCAAUAUGUGGAAAAUUGAAUUAUUGAUAUAUUCGCUGGUUAUCGUUGGCACGAGCUGCAGCAGUGUCAACAACAAGAAGUUCCCGGAUUCUUUUCUUCUGGGAACCGCAACGGCAGCUUACCAAAUAGAAGGUGCUUGGAACGAAGAUGGCAAAGGCGAAAACAUAUGGGACAGAACCUGCCACAGCGAUCCAACAAGAAUUUUUAACAACGAAAAUGCGGAUAUAGCUUGCGAUUCAUACCACAAAUAUAAGGAAGAUGUCGCUCUGUUGAAAGAUCUGGGAGUUAGCGUUUAUAGAUUUUCAAUUUCUUGGUCCAGAAUUCUACCAACUGGUUACCUCAACGAAAUUAACCAACUAGGAAUAAACUAUUACAAAAACUUGAUAAGCGAGCUCAAAGCCAAUAACAUCGAACCGCUAGUGACGAUCUUCCAUUGGGACCUCCCGCAGCCUCUGCAAGACAUUGGCGGUUUUCCCAACGACAGAAUUAUUAGGAGGUACGUCGAAUACGCCAGAGUAGUAUUCGAUAACUUCGGAGAUGACGUUAAGUACUGGAUAACAUUCAACGAACCCAAACAAACCUGCCGUGGGGGAUACGCUGCUCUAGGAGAUGCACCUUUCAUAAACUCCUCUGGCAUUGGAGAGUACUUGUGUACUCACAACCUUCUUAAAGCGCACGCAGAGACUUAUCACAUGUACAACAAGGAAUUCAGAGACAAACAAAACGGACACAUUGGUAUUACCAUUGAUACUGUUUGGGCUGAACCAGACAGCAAAGAUAAGGCUGAUGUGGAGGCUGCAGAUAGGCUAAUACAGUUUACGUAUGGUUGGUACGCACAUCCUGUUACCCACGGAGACUACCCAGAAGUAAUGAAACAGUUCGUUGGAGAAAGAAGUGCCAAGCAAGGUUUCUCUGAAUCCAGACUUCCUAAAUUCUCUAAAGCAGAAAUUCAUGGUAUGAAAAAUACAGUCGAUUUUCUCGGACUGAAUUACUACACCUCAGUAAUGGCUAAGCACAAGAAUGAUGAAGAAAAAACGGCAAUAGACUGGGAUCAGGAUUCCGAAGUAGAUACUUAUUUCAAACCCGAAUGGCCGAGUACUGCCUCCAGCUGGUUGAAGAUUGUUCCGUGGGGCAUGAGGAAAAUAUUGAACUGGGUGAACAAAAAUUAUGAAGGCCUUCCCAUAAUUGUUACAGAAAACGGGGUAUCAGAGAAUGGAACAACAUUGGAGGAUGAUGUCAGAAUCGAUUAUUAUCGGGACCACUUGAGCGGAGUUAGAGAUGCUCUUGACGAUGGCGUCAAUGUUAUUGGUUACACGGCUUGGAGUAUGAUGGAUAAUUUUGAAUGGACUCGUGGUUACUCAGAGAAAUUUGGACUGUACAGUGUAGAUUUCAAUGAUCCCGAGAGAAAAAGAACACCAAAGAAAUCUGUAUCAUUUUUCAAGCAAUUUUUGGCAACCAGAUGUUUAGUAGAAGAAUCAAAAUGUGUAGCAGCUUAAAAAUAAAUUGAGUAAAUACAUCCUUUUUAACGCAGAAAGUGUUGAAAAUUCCGUUAAACAAACCAGUAAUUUAACCUGUUGAUACCUUUACAUUAGCAAAAGUUUUCAGUUGAGGUAGAUGUA